AUGGACCUUCUUGUGUCAGAAAUCACAACUCCUUCAACCCCAUUACUAUUUGCAGCAGCUACAAGUACUAUUGGCAUGAGUACUAGUAGCAGCAGCAGUGAAGCCAGUGAAGAUAGCCCAGCAACAUCGUUUCGUUUUGAGCUUCAAGAAGUCAAGUAUGAUUUUCCAAGAAAAUCUCUAUCUGGGGCUUAUUCAUAUAGGCCUUUGGCUGUUUUAUCAGGUCAUAUUGGAUCAGUUUCUUGCUUGGCGUUAUGUGGGGAGUUUAUUUUAAGCGCUUCUCAAGGUAAGGAUAUUAUAGUUUGGCAGCAGCCUGAUUUGAGGUUGUUUACAAAGUUUGGUCAAGGUGAUGGUUCUGUUAAGGCAUUAGUUACUGUUGGACAUAAGGUUUUUACUGCUCAUCAAGAUAGUAGAAUUAGAGUAUGGAAGGUGUCAAGAAGGUCUGAAAAUGUGUUUAGGCUUGUUGAUACACUUCCUACUACCAAGGAUUAUUUAGGGAAGUUUAUGAAGCAAAGUAAUUAUGUGCAAACUAGGAGACAUCAUAAGAAAUUAUGGAUAGAACAUGCUGAUAGUAUUUCUUGUUUAACUGUUUAUAAUGGAUUGGUUUAUUCUGGUUCUUGGGAUAAGACUCUUAAGGUUUGGAAGAUAUCAGAUUUGAAGUGUUUGGAGUCAAUUAAGGCUCAUGAUGAUGCUAUAAAUGGAUUGGUGGCUUGUAAAGGGAUAGUUUAUUCAGCUUCUGCAGAUGGGAAAAUUAAGGCAUGGGGGAAAGAGGGAAAGAGUACACAUUCUUUGAAGGGGAUUUUGGAGGGUCAUAGAGAUGUUUCACUUAAUUCAGUGAUUGUUUCAGAUGAUGGAAAGUGGGUCUAUGGAGGAGGGUCAGAUGGGUUUGUGAUGGGGUGGGAGGGAAGUUAUGAUUUUGUGAGCUGGAAGUUGGUUUCUGAGACAAAAGCACAUCAAAUGGCUGUUUUGUGCAUGUGUUUGAUGGGGGAGUUUUUGUUUAGUGGAUCAGCUGAUAAGAACAUUGGUAUAUGGAAAAGAGAGGCUUUUGGUAAGCUUUCCAAAGUUGGAAUCAUAAAUGGCCAUGAAGGGCCUGUCAAGUGUUUACAAGCAUCGCCUAAUAAUGUUGGGGGUGGGUUCUUGCUUUACAGUGGUGGCCUUGACAAGAGUUUAAGGGUCUGGUGGGUGCCCAGGCACUCUGCACUGCAGAAUACAGAGGACAAGUCCAUCAGCUUGUGUUAG